GCAUAAUAAUAUUAUAAAACAUCAUUUGUUGUUACAUAAUAUAUACUAAUUAUUAUUUAUGACAUUAUUGAAACUAUAUUAUUUUAAAAUAUAACUUUUAUAAUUUUAUCACAUUACAUUUGAUUUUCAAUUGAUUUAUCUUGGAGGUGGGUGUAUUAAUUUAUUACUGUGAGAAAAUUAGUAAAUAUAAUAAUAUUAAAAUAUGAUACUCUUAGUAAUAAAAAAAAUAUUAGUUAUUCUUGCUUUAAAUUUUCUUCAACUAUAUCAAAUUGAAAUAAAAAUAAAAUAGAAAAAUACAAAUCAUUAUAUUUUCCUUAAUUUUUUAAUUUCAUAAUUUUGUGUUCUUUAACAAAAUUUCAGCUGGCACCAACAAAAUUUAAUAAAAUUUGCAAUAUGAUCUUAUAAUAAAAACAUAUUAUAUUUGCUAUUUUCAAUAUAAAAUAAAAUUUUAAAUGAUUUAUAAAUAUUAUAUUUUAAUAUAAAAAUAGUUUUAAUGUAAAUUCACCCGUUCUACGGGCGGGCCAACCCCUACUAUUGGAAAAAAAUUGGUACAAGGUCCAUAAUCUAACUGGGGCUAUACGGUACUUCUGCAAUGGAUGCAAGGAGUCUUUCAAAUUAAAUGUUGAAGAGAAAAAAGUUAAUAAAUACAAUUAAAAGACACAUAAAUGCCACGUAUUAAUAAUAAGGCGGGGGGCCGAAUCUAUCAUGCGCUGGAGUUAGGUAAUAUAUAAAAGUCGUUUCAACUUUCAAGUUCAAAAACAAAAAGACCACGGCCGAGGGACGACGCCCCAAGAAAACGGCGGCAUCACCGAAUCUUUUUCUCUCUUUUUUCCCCCGAAAAAAAAUUCAGACGAUCAUCCCUGCACAUGAGAAGAGGAGGCGAGAGAUAUACAGGUUUGCCUCCUUACAUGGCUGAAUUAGAACAAGAAUGCUCUGUUUCGCUUCGUCAGCUUAUGGUGAAUGAAGGACUCAUUCCAUCUCCUGAAGAUGACAAGAAACGAAGAAGUGUUAUUCAUAUGCUACAAAGGAUAGUAGUGAGAUGGAUUAAGAUCGUUGCUUGGAAACGACGUCUUCCUCAACAUCAUAUCAACGCAACCAACGCCACCAUAAUCCCUUAUGGAUCCUAUGGUCUUGGGGUUCAUGGUUCUGAAUCAGACAUUGACGCUUUGUGCAUUGGUCCUUUCUUCGCCACUAUAACCGAGGAUUUUUUCAUCGACUUGCAUGAUCUGUUAAAAAGUAGAGCCGAAGUUUCCGAGGUUCACUGUGUUAAAGAUGCUAAAGUCCCUCUCAUCCGCUUCAAGUUUGAUGGCAUCUUGGUUGAUCUUCCAUACGCUCAGCUUCGAGUCUUAUCAAUCCCAAACAUGGUAGAUGUGCUGAACCCUUUCUUCUUGAGAGACAUUGAUGACACGAGCUGGAGAAGCUUAUCUGGAGUUCGCGCAAAUCAAUGCAUCCUUCAGAUAGUGCCUUCCGUUGAGUUGUUUCAAUCAUUGCUGCGGUGUGUGAAACUAUGGGCAAAGAGGCGUGGUGUAUACGGUAACUUGAAUGGGUUCCUUGGAGGAGUUCAUAUGGCUAUCCUUGCAGCGUUUGUCUGCGGAUAUAACCCCAACGCUACGUUGAGUUCCCUUGUGGCGAGUUUCUUCAGCACGUUUGCUUAUUGGCAGUGGCCUACACCAGUGGUGCUUCUGAGGGAUGCUUACGCAGCUACUGGCUCUCCUCCAGGGCUAAUGCCUAUCCAGUUGCCUUGCGGUGGACGUCAGUACUGCAACUCCAACGUAACGAGGAGCACGUAUUGCAAGAUCAUGUCAGAGUUUCACCGAGGGCAUCAUUUGACUAAGGGUUACUUGAAACAUGGCUUUAACUGGAACAGUUUGUUUGAGCCUUAUCCGUAUGCAACCACGUACGCUUGGUUCGUCAAGAUACACCUCUCUGCUUCUAAUGAGGAAGAUCUGAGUGAUUGGGUUGGUUGGGUUAAGUCACGUUUCCGCUCUCUACUGAUCAAAAUAGAGGAAGUCUUUGGACUUUGUGAUCCAAACCCAACAGAGCAUUUAGAAGCCUGUGAGAAACAGCCAAACAUUGUAUACUACUGGGGGUUACAUCUCAGAACCGUAAAUGUUUCAGACAUUGAAUCCGUGGAGACAGACUUUCUGAAGAAUGUCAACAACAGCGGAAGCUUCCAAGGAUCAGUUGGUGGAAUCCAGUUGUCAGUUGUGCAAACGUCUCAGCUUCCUAAGAAUGUUGAGUGUGAUACAAGUAACAGAAACAAGAGGGUGACAAGGACGUGUUGGAGAGUCCGGGAUGAUAACCACUGCAAGGAUAAACCGGUUUACUCAAGGCAUUUGCCUGGUUAUGUGGUUGGGUAUGAGAAGAUUAAUGACAGAGACGCUGAGAGUACUGAUGUUAAGUGUUAGGUUGUGUUAGUAAUGAUGGUUCUACUUCUUGUAAACACUUUGUUUUUCUUUAGUUUUAGGCUUUAAAUUGUGUGCUAAUGAUUCCAGGAAGGAAACUAGAUUGACUUUUAUAACUCUCUGAUUUGUUGUAAAUGUCUCUUGACCAAUCCAAACUGUUUGCAAAAAAAAGGAAAAAAAAACAAGAUUCUCUAAAAAAAGGUGUGAAUGAAACAUACUUCAAUGUACUAAUUGUCCACUACUAUAUAUUUUAUUUGAUUUAAAGGCCAACCAAUUAUCCAGCAACAGUGAUACUAUAGUUCAAUGUAAGAUGACAACUGCAAACAAUUCAAAUUGAGAAAAAGACUGAAUAAAUUAAGCAAGAGAAGAGAGGAAGAGGCAUGUUCAGAAGUUGAAGAUGGCAGCACCACUUGAAGGCU